AUGGCGGUGCUGCUGGGUGUCUUUCUUGGUAUUUCCGGCGCAGCAGGAUACUUCACAUGGUUCAUCGGGCAGCGACUGCCACCAGCUCUGUCUGAUGAGCACUUGCCUGACUAUCAAAGGGCCCUUCUGUGUUUUGGUAUUUCACACACAAUCUUCUUCCUUGUCAUACCCUGGGAUUGUCCACCUUUGACACGUGGACUCAUCUCCUGUUCCGUUGGUCUACUUGCUGAGGCUCUCACCAUUAUCUCCAUACAUGUGGCUUUUGUCACCUGGAAUUGGUCGACUCAACUCGAGGAAGACGGAUCCAUGAACCUCGCUAGGCAUUGUCGUGCCAUGGCUAUUUACUUAAGUGUGCUUUGGUGCCUGGGAUGGCUAUUCUUUAUGUUGUCUUUAUCAUACAUCUUAGAUUUCGGUGUCCCCGAUUUCGUUAAGCAGAUGUUGGUCGACACCAGAAAGCUCUUAGCAGCUACUGGUCUCAAGUCGCUGCCGGGUCAAUCAGAUAUCAAUAAGGAAGACUCGGUGUUGGAAAAAGCACCGAAUCGUGGGAUGGUUUGA